AUGUCCUCAGUUGCUGAUGACGUGUACAAGCCAUAUAUCGUCCACAUGGACACAUCAGCAAUGCCGGCUUCCUUUUCCACUCAUGACCGCUGGUAUGAAUCCUUACUGUCAUCCAUCGGAUCACCACAUGGCAAGCCCCCGAGGCUCCUCUAUGUCUAUCACCACGUCAUCAAGGGCUUUAGUGCCGUGCUAUCUGGAUCCCACCUCCAGCAGCUUCGGACGAUGCCAGCUCAUCUCGCAACGGACCCGGAUUCAUAUGGCACGCUCCAUACGACCCGCACUUCCAGUUUCCUGGGACUGAAUAAACAGAUCGGUCUCUGGCCCGUUGGAAAUUUUGGCAAUGGCACGAUAAUCGGGAUCAUUGAUAGUGGAAUUUGGCCAGAGAGCAAGAGCUUUGAUGAUAAGGGGAUGCCUCCAAUUCCUAAAAGGUGGCGGGGUGCGUGUGAAAUUGGAGAAGAAUUCGGUACUUUAAAUUGUAAUAGGGAGCUCAUAGGUGCCCGCUCAUUUAGCAAGGGCCUAAAGGAGCGUGGCAAAAACAUCUCAGAGAUCAACGACUAUGAUUCCCCGAGAGGUUCCCACAGCCAUGGGACCCACACGGCUUCUACUGCUGCGGGUUCCCCUGUUCGUGGUGCCGAUUACUUUGGUUAUGCUGCGGUCGGCAUAGCUCCUAAGGCUCGACUGGCCAUGUAUAAAGUGUUGUGGCAAUCGGAUACAACUGAAUCAGCAGCCACAGACGUGUUAGCAGGUAUGGAUCAGGCAAUAGAAGAUGGAGUGGAUCUUAUGUCUCUGUCUCUGGGUUUUCGGGAGACACCCUUCUUUGACAACGUGAUUGCUCUCGGGGCCUUUGCUGCCACCGAGCAGGGCAUCUUUGUCUCAUGCUCCGCUGGGAAUAACGGGGAUGCCUACACCAUCUCCAAUGGUGCACCAUGGAUAACCACGGUGGGUGCAAGUACCUUUGACCGUGGCUAUGCAGCUUUGGCCACUGUGAGAGGAGAGGGCAAUGAUACUAUUGAAGUUUUAGGACUGUCGUUCUACGCUGAGAGCAUCCUGAUUUUUCAUGAUCCUUUUUACUACGGCAAAGGUAACACCAGUAAGGAGAUUUGCUCCUCCAACUGGCUUGAUGCAUCUGAGGUUGCCGGCAAAAUUCUGUUUUGUUCUUUUAUCAGCGGAGAGUCUGAUGCUUUCACACAGAUGAACGAAGCGAAUCGAACAGGCGCCAAGGCUGUGAUCCUGGCUUCGGACAUCGGUCAUUUAUUUGUGCCCGAUAAUUAUUACUUUCCGACAGUCAUGCUUGGGUUGAAAGAUGGCGAGAAAGUGAAGGACUUCAUGACCAAGACAGUGAACACUACGGUUGACAUCAAGUUCAAAAUCACAGUCUCUGAUCAAAAGCCGGCACCACAGGUCGCGUACUUCUCAUCACGAGGUCCCUACCGUAUAACUCCUGGAUUACUGAAACCCGAUGUGGUAGCACCCGGGGUAAAUGUCUUAGCUGCUUGGAUGCCUAAUAGAGUAGCUGCAGUAGCCCGGUCAGUUUACCUUGUCUCUGAUUAUAGUCUUGUAUCGGGAACAUCCAUGUCAUCCCCUCAUGUUGUGGGAGUGGCUGCGUUGCUACGUGCGGUGCACCCGGACUGGAGUGUGGCUGCUAUACGCUCUGCACUCAUGACCACUGCAUGCACCACAGACAAUACUCAUGGCCCCAUCUUGGACAUGUACAAUGGGAUUGCUAGGACCCCUCUGGACUAUGGUUCGGGGCACAUAGACCCCAAUAGGGCCAUGGAUCCAGGGCUCAUUUAUGACAUAGGUGUGCAGGAUUACAUUGAUUUUGUGUGUUCGUUGAAUUAUACUCAAAAACAGGUUAGGAUUAUCACAAGAAGAUCGAAUUACACUUGUACCACAUCUAACUUUGACAUCAACUAUCCAUCGUUCAUGGUCAUCUUGUACAACAACGUCUCUUCGCAGACGUUCAAGAGGGUAUUGACGAAUGUGCAAGAUUCGCCUGCAGUGUAUCAUGCCAUGGUGGAGGCCCAAAUUGGGAUGAAUGUAACUGUGGAGCCACAAGCUCUGUCGUUCGGUCCCAAAGGCAGCACACAGGCUUUCACUUUGAGGGUUGAUGUUGAUUUAGGGGGUAUGAGACCAAAUAGUGGUUACAUAGGGAAUUAUGGACACCUAAGUUGGAUUGAUAAGGAACAUAAGCAUGUGGUGAGAAGUCCCAUUGUGUCCGCAUUUGCACUUUAA